AAAAAAAUUGUACUCUUUUUAAAUAAACCUACAACAUACAUAUGUAUGUACAUCCAUACAAGUGGACUUUAAUAAAUUUUUGAAAAUACUUCCGAUGGGGCACCGUUCCAGUAAACUAUCUGCUGGCCUCACCAACGGUAAUACAAGCAUUAACAAGAGCAGCUCACUUAAAGAUACAACAGCAACAUCAACAAAAUUAUCUAAACACUCGUCGCGACGAUACUCGGCACGUUAUCCAAAAUCUUGCUCAGCGAAAAGUGAAAGCAAUAAGAAUUUUAGACACUCAAUUGCAUCACUGAGCAGCAGUAAUAGCACAAACGUCGCUACGGUGUGCGGUGAUCAGCAGUUCUUGCCUAUUUUACGUUUGGAUAGUGAAUCGAUUGCGGAAAACGCAAAUCUGUCAUCGGUGGCGAGCAAUUCUACGGGUCAAAUCAUAAUAAAAAUACACUUUAAAACGCACACACCACCGACAGCUGAUACUAUGGACAAUGCGUCGCAAAAGGAUGUCGUGUCGCCAAGUGAACGUGAGACACGUGCACGUUCUUUGUUAAAUAGUGAAAAUUAUCGACGUUUAGUCGAUACAAACUCAAAUAAUGAAUUUGUUGAAACCGCUGGCAGUUCUCUAAAUUCUGUGCUAAACAAUAACAGUAACAGUAACACUAAUAAUAAUAAUAAUAACAAUAGUAGAGCAUCGCUUCCAGCACAUUUAAAUACGUUGCGCAUAAUAGAGCCUUUAUCGCAACAGGACACAACGAGCGCCGCUGGUGCCGUUGAUUAUUACGAGGUUGCUGAAGAAGCACCCGCUUCAACACACAGUCGACCAGUUAGCAGUCGACGUCAAAAAGCUAAAUCGGCUUUUAUGAAUUUCAGAAGUAUGUUGGAAUCCUCCAGCAGUAAAGCACAACAGAACAAAGUUACGAAUAGUAACAAUAAUAAUCAUCAUAGUGGCGGCGGCGGCAAUGGCAGUAAACAUUCCCACAAUAACCGGCAAUCGCUACCCUUGCCGUCGGUAGAACAAACGCGACAAAACCCAUUGCGGCCAGUAAGCAGCAGCGAGACAAGAUCAACAUUACCCGUGGCUAGUACUUCCAGCAUUUACCAUGACGGUGCUGUUGUCAGCAAUCUCAAUCCCAUAAUGGCUUCCAAUCCACAUACAACUACUACUCCUCCAACUCCAAUAUCAAUUACUACCUCAAGUGCAGCACUUCCACUAUCACCACCGACAACAACAACAACAACAGCAACAGCAACCAACAAUCAGCUAGCAAUUUGGGCUUCGUCACCAAACCAAGAUUUAAUAAUCUCUUCCAUAAACGUAGUGGUGUGUCCUCCAACAGCAGCAGCAGCAGCAGCAGCAAUAGCAACAACAGCGGUGGCGCCCACAAAUAUGUCAUCAGCAGAGCAUUUAAUGUCCAGCGAACAUGGCGAUAGCCACAGUAGCUGCGGCAGUGCUUGCGUAAGAAGUGUCCCAAAGCAUCUAACAACUGGCGAAAGUGCGCAGCCGCAAAGUGGAAUGGCGAAAAAUAUCAUACAUGCCCUCUCAACAGCGACAUCACCGAUUGUGCACUCGCAAGUGGACUUUGUCCACUACCUGGUGCCGGAUUUGCAGCGUAUAUUCAAUUCGAGUUUCUAUUGGGGGAAAAUGGAUCGUUAUGAGGCCGAGCGUUUGUUGGAGGGCAAGCCGGAGGGCACAUUUUUGUUGCGUGAUUCAGCGCAAGAGGAAUAUUUAUUCUCGGUAACAUUCCGAAAGUACGGGCGUUCACUGCAUGCGCGCAUCGAACAAAGUGGACACAAAUUCAGUUUCGACUGCCACGACCCAGCCGUAUUUAGCACAUCCACCGUCACCGGGUUGUUGGAGCAUUACAAAGAUCCCGGUAGUGUUAUGUUUUUUGAGCCAAUGCUAACUGUACCAUUCCAUCGCAAGAGAGUAUUCUCAUUACAGCAAUUGUCACGCGCCGCCAUCGUAUCGAACAGCACGUACGACGGUAUAACGGAACUCGAGCUGCCGGUGCGCUUAAAAGCUUACCUGAAGGAAUAUCACUAUAAGCAGAAAUUACGCGUAAAGCUGCUCGAUGAGACCUUACUCACAUGUACCUAGUGUCCGCUUAACGCGGCCAAUUAUCGCGCCGCCAUUGUUUCGGGUAGCAGUGGAGCUGCAGUGAGUGGUGGUAACGAUGGCGGCGCGACUGAUGUUGGCCGAAUCGUGCUGCAUAAAACAACGGCAGCUAGAGCGUUUGCUGUUAAUGUCGACGCCGGCAUUGUGGAUGGCAGCGGGUUGGUGGGUGCGCAUUUCGUCGAUGGUUUGGUCAAUAUGCGUGUGGUAUCGGUGGAAACGUUGCAUGACCUUGUCGAUCUUGAAGAUCUGCAACAUGCAAAUACCUUCGUGACAUAUGUACAACACUCGGCAGUGGUGGAGCAAUUGAAAAACAACUGUACAACGGAUGAUGGUGUGAUGAAUCGGCAUAAGCGACAUCGACGUCAACAAUUGUUGAAAAUACCAAAUCGAAUGACAGAACUGCUAAGCCGUGUAACAGCUAAUUUGAACUGUUACAAUAAUGCGCAACGCCAACGCAGGCAUCGACAGCAACAGCAACAGCAACAACAAGCUCAAAGCGAUAAUGUGCCAUCACAUGGUCCACAGCAGCAGCAGCAUCAAAACUAAACUGAAUUAAAUAUAUGUAUAUAAAUAUAUAUAUACACACGUCAGACAAUCCCAGUGAAUAUGAAAAUCAAAAUUACAACAAAAAAACUCCAAAUGUUUCGUGACGGUUCGGUGCGCUUUAUAAUAACCUAAUAACCGCCAAUACAGCGCCAUAUAGUGCCACCGUCACACUGAACUCUUUAAAUUGUACAUUAUAAAGUAUCAAAAUAGUAUUAAGCAGCAGCAUUUGUGUCACGGGUGAUCCUUAUAUUGCAGCUAACAAGGGGGGAUCUUCGUUUGAAUGUGUGUGCUCUAAGCGCGCACUCGCCGAGGCCCUCCUGCGCUGGUUGCACACCAAAACGCGUUUGCUAAAAUAGUAUUUUUUUUUUGCUAGUUUUCUGGUAGCUUAAUUUAAUAGUGAAUAUAUAAAUCUAUAUAUAUACAUAUAUAUACUUGUAUAUCGCUCUAAAGAAAAAUGAAAAAUUGUAUGAAAUAUUAUAUGAGAUAACACAGAUGUACAUAUGUAUGUUAAUUAUACGCUUGUUACUACAUUAAUUCAUAGAAUUUCCUUUUUGUAUAAUUUACUAUACAAAAAUCGCUAGUUUUACGUUGUAGUUAAUGACAUUAUUUAUUUUCCCCUGUUAAUGUAAAUCGUUUUAUUUAUUACAUUUUCGAUAGUCUUCGCCCAAUUUCAUUAUGUACGUACAUUCUUGUUGCUAUAUAUAUUAUACUUAUAUCCAUAUCACCAUUUCUCCUUCAUUUUACCAUUUAUUUAUUUAUUUCUCUUUGUUAUACUCAUAUGCAUUGCAUAUGCAUUACAAAUUUACACAUAAAUUGUAAAUAAGUAUGUGAACAAAAUUAUUGUUAAUGAAAAAGAAGAAGAAGAAAUUGUAUGUACUUUGAUAUUGUUCUUAUAUCAUUUAUAUUGAAAUGCUGGAAUAUUACGAUAAUUAUUGAUUGAUUGUUAAUGUCGGCAAGUGGAGGGAGCGAAGUUUCUAGUAAAGCUUUUUGGAUAAAAAAAAAGUACAAUAUACAAUUUACAGUCGCAGUGUUCAGCUGUACUUACAUAUCCAUGACUGUAAACUGAAUUUAUUAUAAAUGCAAUUGUUCAAACUCGAGUUGAAAAAAAUAUAUAUAAA